UUGGUUUGUUGUUUUAUACAGUUGUAGAUAUUUACACGAUAGUGCAACAUGCGCACUGGUUCUCAAAUUUAAUGAGAAUGACAGUGAUUUUUCACUUCGUUGUAUUUACCGUUUUACAUCUUACAUCUACCAAUGUUGAAGCGGGUUGCUCCGCGGGUGUUAGCAGAUGUAAUUGGGAACCAUGGGAGUCAUGGUCAGACUGUAGCAGAAAUUGUGGUGGGGGAACAAAAAGGAGAUCUAGAUCAUAUUGUUGUAAAGCGGAAUUAGACUAUUAUGAUUGUAUAAGGGAUUGCGGUCAUGACAGGGACUAUGGUCAAACGUAUGCACAUGACAAGGAAUUAUGCAAUACAAUUUGUUAUCACGGUUAUUACUCGUAUGGAAAUAAUUGGUGUAACUGUAAUGACGAAUUUUAUGGAACUUGUUGUGAAAAUGAAUGUUCCCGUAUUUCUCUUUGUAAAAGAAGAAGAUGUACUUCAUAUUAUAACACUGAGUGCAUUGAGUGCUACGAUAAUAGGAUAUUCUACAAGCCUAACUACGAUGGCAGCCGAUGUGAACGUAUGUGCGCUUCGAACAAUCACUACUGUUGGCCCGGAUAUUGCAGUAACGAACUGACAAAAGGCUGCUCGUGCGCGCCAAAUUUCAAAAUUAUACGGCAAAGUGGGGAAACUUCCUGCCAGCCAAGUAAGCUACCAUCUAUUCUGACAUGUGGAACGGUUGUGAUUGGUCCUAAUAUGGAAAAGAAGCAGGCUAGAAGCAGCAUAAAUUCAACAGAGUGUCAAUAUUUUACUGAUAUGUAUGGUAACUUCCAGCCGUCGUUUUUCAACUUUGAUCUUGCUGCGGAAUAUACCAUCGAUACCAGUGGCUAUUCGAAACCACCUUUUAUAAGCGAAUCCCAUUUUGGUAUAACAGACUUUGCUACAAGUGUCGUCAAAAUAUCUGUUGAUGGGAAACGUUCCACUGAAAGUUCCAUCAAUCAUUUAGUGGACAGAUCAUCCAGCGUUUAUUGUAAGCCGACACUUUUUGACUCGAAAAAUGUAUCAGUUUCAUCUAAACUUCAAGACGGCCAAGCAUUAUGUCUUCAAUUUCGCGUAGAUGCAGGGGGAUAUUUGAAGAGCAAAGAUAGGGUCUCACACCGAAUUUCGUCUGCAGUACCUUAUCGAAAAGUUCAUAAAACACGUGAGCUUUGCUACAGGUUUGACAAUACUUCUCCAAAACAUUGCCGAGAAAAGGCAAACUGCAGUUACGAUCCAAUUCAGUUUGAAAGCCGUGUGAUACGAUCUACAGAUAUCGUUGUUGAAUUUAAGGGUUGGUAUGAUCCGGUUCCAGCUGGCGGCAUUUCGAGCCAAGCAUCUUCUAUUGAAAGUUAUCAGAUAACAGUAAACGAGGUUACUAUGUCAACAUACAAUAUACAGGUCAAUUACAUGACAAAUGUGUACACAAAGAAGGUUAAUUUCAAAGAGAAGAAAAUAUCGUUUAAUGUGACUUCUGAAAAGCCUAUAUUAUACUGCGUGACUUUAGAAGUUAAAGACGUGGCUGAUAAUGUCAGACAAGCAAGACGAUUCAUCUUGUAUGACAAUUCGUCUUUUAUUGAAUCGUGGGAUGAUAAACCAUUUUAUUUUUCCUCAGCUUCGAUACAAACCAAAUAUAAAUGGCAGACUCAUCAUCAUGACAUAUGUCUUAAUUGGAAAGACCAUUUUCUCAACCGAUUCUACUUCGACAAUCCUUUGCUGAACCCCAUUGCAUCGGAACCCCAUGGAUUAGUUACUGGAAUUUAUGAACAAAACGAUGGUGUUCUCCCAGUUUCUGGUACUCCAAACGUGCAUGGCAUUGUUCAGACCUUGGUAUCCUGGACAUUAAAUGAUGGGUCUCCUUCUGCUGAAAUCGAUGUGCCAAAUUUCCUAAACCAAUCUUUUUGCAAUGACUUCAAAGUGCAAGAUGGUCAAACGUACACAAUAUUUAUUCAUUUGGUUGACAUUGCUAACAACACUUUAAUUGAAAACAGAACAGUGCAUAUUGACCGGUCCGUACCUCAUAUAAACAAUAUUUGGCUCGUCAAGGAUGGUUACAAAGUCCUGUUUGUUCAUCAUAUGACGGAUUUAUCAAACAUGCAGUUGCACUUUGAAGCCUUAGACCCACACAGCGGUGUAAGACAAAUAGAGUGGGCAUUUGGUAAUAGUAUUGCAGAAUUAACUUCAGGUUCUCUGAUUAUAGGAUCUUUUAAAGAAACAGCCUGCCCACAGAAUGCUGAAAAUUAUUACUGUCCAGAUGUCGGACAGUGUGAGUUUUAUAACUACACGGUACCACUUAACAAGCUAAUUGCCAUCAAUAAACACGUGGGCAAUCACAACAGAAAAUACUAUUUCACUUUAAAGGUUACCAACAAUGCACAAUUGGUUAACAUAGAACGCGUAAAUAUUUUGGUUGAUGACUCCCCACCGGAAGUUGGUAUUAUCUUUGAAGGUAAUUCUGUUUUGUAGAUAAAUCUAUUGAAAAGAAUAUACGGAAAUAUCAUUCAUAAGCAAUCCACAUUGGAGACAUAACUCUUUUUAUAGAUAAAAACAAUCAAAUCCUUCAGGUCAGGUUUUUGAAAAUCCACAAUUAGAAAUUGGUCCCUAGAUACGGAUCCCCCUUGCAAUUUUUCAAUGAUAUACUAGGAAAUAAAAACAUAUAAAACAAAGAGGAUAGUAGACACACACAAUUUGACCUUCAACGUCAUUGUCCAACAGUGCCCUCGCAGACAUUGGUCUUGUGCAUGAUACACGUUAUAAGUUAUAGGGCAAAUUACUUUACAAUUGCCUUCCAACCAAAAUUAUCUUUCUCUUGAAGAAGAUGAAGGCUUAAGUCUUGCAUGCGACACAAAGUCUGACAAUCCAUCAAGUAAUGAAAAAUAUUCGUCUGACAGUAUUUGAUAAUUUACUACCGAGUACAAACAAGACUUUGUAGAUACAAACUUGAUCUUAUACACACGAAUUCUCUACUUAUUGUGGUUAUGUGUACAGAUUUCUUUGAAAUCCCACCAUGCAUGGAGUUACAGAUAGGCAACUCAAGUUUUACAAUGGCAAAACGCUACUUAAGUUCAAUCCCUUGCUUUGACUUUGACCUUUUACAAUACAGAGUGACAAAGGGUUUAUCACCACAUAAAUAAUUAUGUAUUUUAUAUUGCUGGACUGAAAAUGUCAAAAUUAUUGAGUGCAAUAGUGACAACACAUU